GCAGGCAUUACGGUAAUCACCAUAGAGUCUCUGUUGUGUGUCAGCUGAUCCACUUGGACUGGCUAGGAAGAGAAUUAGCAGCAGGAAAACCAGUACUGGCGGGACUAAACCAUGGCAGCCGAAAUCCAUUCGAGGCCUCAGAGCGCCAGGCCGGUUCUUCUGAACAAAAUCGAGGGACACUCAGACUCUGUCACGGUAGCGGUUUUAAUCCCGAAGGAGGAUGGAGUGAUCACAGUCAGCGAAGACAGAACCAUUCGGGUUUGGCUGAAGAGAGACAGCGGUCAGUACUGGCCUAGCAUCUACCACACAGUGUCCUCUCCCUGCUCUUGUAUGUCAUACCACCAUGACAGCAGACGUAUCUUCAUUGGCCAAGACAAUGGGGCUGUUGUGGAGUUCCUCAUCUCUGAAGAUUUCAACAAGAUGAACCAUGUAAAAACAUAUCCAGCUCACCAGAACCGAAUAUCCGAUAUGGUGUUUACCCUGGAGAGUGAGUGGUUGGUGAGCACCGGGCAUGACAAGAGCGUGAGCUGGAUGUGCACCCAGAGCGGCAGCAUGCUGGGGAGACACUACUUCACUUCCUGGGCCUCCUGCCUACAAUAUGAUCAUGAGACCCAGCACGCCUUUGUCGGCGAUUACUCGGGGCAGAUCACACUGUUGAAGCUGGAGAGGACCACCUACUCUAUCAUCACUACGCUGAAGGGCCAUGAAGGCAGCAUAGGAGCAUUGUGGUGGGACCCCAUCCAGAGGCUGCUCUUCUCAGGGGCGUCUGACCACAGCGUCAUCAUGUGGGACAUUGGAGGACGCAAAGGGCGGACCCUACUGUUGCAGGGACACCAUGAGCGUGUCCAGGCCCUGUGCUACAUGCAGUUGACCAGGCAGUUGGUGUCAUGCUCAGCUGAUGGAGGCAUCGCCGUGUGGAACAUGGACACAGCCAGAGAAGAGGCACCUCAGUGGUUGGAAAGCGACUCCUGUCAGAAGUGUGAGCAGCCUUUCUUUUGGAAUGUCAAGCAGAUGUGGGACACCAAGACUCUGGGACUAAGACAGCACCACUGCAGGAAGUGUGGCAAAGCUGUGUGUGGUAAAUGCAGUUCUAAACGCUCCACGUACCCACUCAUGGGCUUUGAGUUCCCAGUGCGAGUGUGCGACGCCUGUUUUGACUCCAUCAAGGAGGAAGAUCGAACACCACUGGCCACAUUCCAUGAGGGCAAACACAGCAUCACUCGCAUGAACAUGGACCCAUCCAGAGGCCUGAUGGUCACCUGCGGAAGUGACCGCAUUGUGAAGAUCUGGGAUAUGACGCAGGUAGUUGGCUGUAGCUUAGCAACAGGCUUCUCUCCACGCUGAUUGGUCCAGCCCUCUCUUCCGGUGUCAUGGAAACCCCUCUGUACAGUGCAUCAUUGCCAUCAUGCCUGGACUCUCCGGCUCCUGGGGGAUGUUCGUGUGUGCGUGUGCGAGUGCUGGUAGCGUAUGUCCACAUGUCCUGUCCUUGAUCCUUUGGUAUGAUCUUUUAAUUCCCGCUCUACAAGAAUGUAUGUGUGAUGUUUUUCCUUACCCCGCACAGCACACUGCACCGCACCACACCACACCACACCAAGCACAACAGCGUGUGUAUGUUAUGUCAAAUUAAAGUUUGAUUUGAUUUCUGUAAAUGUGUAGAUGUGUGCAUGUACCCUAAAUACUCCUCCGGUGGGACGAGUGUUGAUAUUAGUGUUUACAAUGAAUACUUCUGAUACUUCUUUUGACACAUAUUUUCAAAUCCUUUAAAGUACUGUAAUAUUCCCAAAGUCCAGUCCGGCCAUUGCAUGCCUCAGCUGCAUAUGCUUGCAUUUGCGUUUCACUUUGCUACAUGUACAAAAAGUAGAAAUGUCCACUCGUAUUCCCUACUUUGUGGGUCUUUUUCACCGGUUGGCCUUAAAUCACACUCAGGAUGUUUUACAUCAGUGGGCUGUCACUGGGCGGGGUCCUUUUCAUUUGAUGGUGUCACCAUGACAACCUUGUGAAUCCAUGAUGCAUGGAGUCAUGAAAGAGGUAGUGGUGCUGACCCGCACAUCCCUCAUCUGGUCACGAGUGAGGCGGAGGCGGGAGCAUGUUGCUAUAGCAACAGGUGAUCUUUGGAAAGUCUCGCACCCUUUUUUGCAGCAUCGUUAAACAAGGUGGAGGAAUGUUUGUCGGUACAUACACUAAUCCACGUGUGGCAUGGACUCCAAUGCCUUUUGAGAAUGACUUGUUGUGUAAGAUGCAUUAUUUGAGCUUAAUUGCAUUUCCUACUUCCUUCUGCCACCAAGCACUUGGUUCAUGUGAAAUGAUGCGUGUUGACUUCCCAGCUCUUACAGCUCUGCCUAUGUUCCUUCAGAAGCCUUAAAGAGAGAAGGGCGCAUUCCCAAAGCCUUUUCUAUUGUCUUGUAAUAGUUUCCCUAGUCACAAGUGGAUGUAUGCGUAUGAGUGGAUGUCUUUUUCUCUUUUGUUUGGAGUCAUGUCCCCCCCCCCCAUAAGCUCAUCCCUGCACUGAAUUGCACAACCUUUUUUUUUUUUUGCUAGUUUGUGAGUAAAUUGAUAUGUUAUAGAUGUCUGCCUUCCAUUGAAGUCCCCGAUGUCCAAAUGUAAUCA